AUGGUCCACAGCGGGAAUGCAAAAGCGAUGGCUGCUUACAAAAUUCCAGACAGGUUGUUGAUCAAUUCAAAUCUCAUAGUUAUGUUCUCAAGUGAUGAAGAUUUAUCGGACGACAAAGCGUUUGAUUUUUUGUUGAAAAGGAUUCUAAACAAUAGAAACAUGUCGCUAGAAAGGAUUUUAUGGUUUCGGCAUACACCACCUACUCGACUUCCAAAUUUACGGCCAACUGUCUAUCAACUUUCACGGAUUGAUUUUCGUUAUUGUUAUGAUAAACUUCUGCAUCACGUUGCUGAAUUAUGCUUGAAUUGGUCUUCGUCUUCAAAAUCGUUUUCAGCGAUAAUUAUCGAAUUCAGUUCUGUUGAUGUCUUAAACCAAAAUUCUUUUGGUACAAUGCUAGCAUUAUUAUCUGAUCUAUUGUGGUGGAAAAAUUUAGAAUUCAAAAAUGAUAAUUUUAUGUCCAGUUCAGGUUUAAUUGUCUUUCAAAUUAUUGUUUUUUUACGAAUGAUGGAAGGUAAUGAUUUACCUUCGAUCGCUACACUGUACACUGAUAAUAUAUUGUUUAUUCAUAAUGAUGAUAUAAUCGAAGAGCUUAUGCACAGAAACAAAUAA